CAUUCCAAUCCUGCAAUACUUAGGGGCUCAGCAGCUUCAGUACACAUGCAAAGGACCCAUACAUUAGAAGGUUCAUUGCCUGCAGUGUCUUCUUAUUUGACCCAGAGGAAGGGGGAAGUCCUUGCAUGAAAAGUGCUGCAUGUUUAGCAUGCAGCCGGUCCACUGAAACUCAUGUGAUUGCCUGUUCACACCUGCUCUUUUUGUAUCAUCUGUGUGGCUCUGCAUUCACAUAAGUUGCCUGCUGGAGAUUUUUCUAUCAUUUAAUACUUACUGAAACUCUGCACAUUUUAUACACAGAUGGAAAAAACUUGACUUUGUUUAUGUAAUCUGCUUUGUAUAGUUGUUUUUUCUGCUCUUAUUCUUCCAUGCCCCUUGGCAACCAUUCCUUUGGAAAAAAAAAGUUUUAAAAUCUGAGCGGGAAGCAAAACUGAAAGUUGGCAAAGUUGUUAACCUAUAUAGAAUAGUGUAGUGUGUUUUCUCCGCCUUUCUCACGCUGAAAUGUAACAUAGGCAUUACUUUGUGACACCCAAUGUAAGGCUAAUUUCCUUCAUUUUAGUCUAAAAAGGAGCCCACAUCCUUCCGGUGCCUUUCAAAGAAUUCUAAAAGGCUCUGCAGAGAAAACAGAUGUGCCAGCAUGUAUCAGUUACAAUUAGGGAUGACUUGGUGAGGCUACGCACUGAACAAACUAAAGGACAAAAGUACCCAUGCAGAAAAUAGGCUACUGAUGAGAUGAGAAGAGCUGGACACUCUUCUGUUUACUUUGUCUUGCUGCAGUAACUGGAACCCUUUUCAACAGAAUAGCUGAAAGCAAAGUCAUAAAGUAUCUGUUGCUGUGCAUCAAGAAAACUAUUUAAAACACAAAGAAACUUUUAAAACUUGGAUAUGAACAAGGAUGGUCAAAAGCAACACCAUUUUUUAAAUCCUGCCUCAGUAUUUUAAAAUCUUGAUGUUAUAGGAGCGUUCUGAAUUGCCGAAUAUUUGACAUUUUGUGAUAAGCACAGGAAACCCCUCUCUAGAUCAGUAACAUGCAAUGGCUUAAUAAAGGGCAGCUACCUCCUUACCAUGAUGUACUGCAUUUGGGGAUGGAGAAGACGACCAGCUCUUGACCACUGAAAAAGCACCCAUUCUCAUAAACAUCACCAGAUUUUAGAUAAUGGGCUGUGUGCAAUGUAAGGAUAAAGAAGCAACAAAACUGACAGACGAGAGGGAUGGCAGCUUAAACCAGAGUUCAGGUUACCGCUAUGGGACAGAUCCCACCCCACAGCAUUACCCAAGUUUUGGUGUGACCUCAAUUCCAAACUACAACAACUUCCCUGCUGGAGGACAAGGACUAACUGUCUUUGGUGGCGUUAACUCCUCUUCACAUACUGGCACGUUGCGUACAAGAGGGGGAACAGGUGUAACUCUUUUCGUAGCUUUGUAUGAUUAUGAGGCAAGAACAGAAGAUGACUUAAGUUUUCAUAAAGGAGAAAAAUUUCAGAUACUUAAUAGCUCGGAAGGAGAUUGGUGGGAAGCCCGUUCCUUGACUACAGGAGAGACUGGUUACAUUCCCAGUAAUUAUGUGGCUCCAGUUGACUCCAUCCAAGCAGAGGAGUGGUACUUUGGCAAGCUUGGACGCAAGGAUGCUGAGAGGCAGCUGCUGUCAUUUGGAAACCCUCGAGGAACCUUCUUGAUCCGUGAGAGUGAAACCACCAAAGGUGCCUAUUCAUUAUCUAUUCGUGACUGGGAUGAUAUGAAAGGAGAUCAUGUAAAACAUUAUAAAAUUCGCAAACUUGAUAAUGGAGGAUAUUACAUUACAACCAGGGCACAGUUUGAAACUCUUCAACAACUUGUUCAGCACUAUUCAGAGAGAGCUGCAGGUCUUUGUUGCCGCUUAGUAGUCCCUUGUCAUAAAGGAAUGCCAAGGCUUACUGAUCUGUCUGUCAAAACCAAAGAUGUCUGGGAAAUUCCACGAGAAUCACUACAGUUGAUCAAGAGACUGGGAAAUGGGCAGUUUGGGGAAGUAUGGAUGGGUACUUGGAAUGGGAAUACGAAAGUGGCAAUAAAGACACUGAAGCCUGGUACUAUGUCCCCAGAAUCAUUCCUGGAGGAGGCUCAGAUCAUGAAAAAACUAAAGCAUGACAAACUAGUCCAACUUUAUGCUGUGGUGUCUGAAGAACCUAUCUACAUUGUCACAGAGUAUAUGAGUAAAGGAAGCUUGCUAGAUUUCCUAAAGGAUGGAGAAGGAAGAGCCUUGAAAUUGCCAAACUUGGUAGACAUGGCUGCACAGGUUGCUGCAGGGAUGGCUUACAUCGAGCGGAUGAAUUACAUACACAGAGACCUGCGUUCUGCAAAUAUCCUUGUGGGAAAUGGGCUAAUAUGCAAAAUUGCUGACUUUGGAUUAGCAAGAUUAAUCGAAGACAAUGAAUACACAGCCAGACAAGGUGCAAAGUUCCCCAUAAAGUGGACUGCCCCAGAAGCUGCAUUGUAUGGAAGGUUUACAAUAAAGUCAGAUGUUUGGUCCUUUGGUAUCCUGCUAACAGAGCUUGUAACAAAAGGGCGAGUGCCAUACCCAGGUAUGAACAAUCGUGAAGUCCUGGAACAAGUCGAAAGGGGCUAUAGGAUGCCGUGCCCUCAGGAUUGCCCCAUCUCGUUACAUGAGCUCAUGAUUCACUGCUGGAAAAAAGACCCAGAAGAGCGCCCAACCUUUGAGUAUUUGCAGGGUUUCCUUGAAGACUACUUUACUGCAACUGAACCCCAGUACCAGCCAGGUGACAACCUGUAAUAUUUCUGCUCUGUGCAGACUACCAUUAUCAGGUGUUCCAUUUGCAACUGACAUAGGCUUACUGGCUCUUCCCAAAGCCAGUGUCUUAGAGCGUCAAAAUAUGCUGGAGCCUGACAAGAACUUCCAGAACUGCCUGUCCUAAAGAUCUGAAUGUCUUCUUUGAACAGAAACAUGAACACUUGGUUUUAUUCUUAAUCAAAGACUCUGAAAUUGCAUUGUUUUGAUGUUCCGUAAACUGCAAAAUCUUUGUCCAGUGUAAAUAGUAAUUCAGUGCCAAUAACUUAUCCUAAUGCUUUCCUUUUUAAAAAAAAUAAUAAUGCAAAAUUAUGUGAUUUUAACUAGUCUUCUCCUGAUUCAACUAAAGUAUUAUUUUCCAGAAGUGGCCUCUUUUUGUCUACAUUUUUUCAUGUUCUAACAAAAUAAAAUCAGGACCAGUGCUUGGGGAUUUUGUUUUGUUUUUGCUUUUAUAUAUGAAAAAUAUAUGUAAAAUAUAUACAUACCUGUAUAGUCCACGGGUGCUAUUGCAGAGGAAAUUCAUUUCAGAAACAGAGUAGCCAUAAUGCUGAAGCACCCAGAAAAAAGACUAAUUUCACUGGAGACCUGAACCACGGGUGACGACUCUGAGAGCCAGUGACUGGAAUUUUGGCUUUGGCCCAGCAUGAUGUUUUUUAAUGGGAUUGCACUUUUGGUUUGACUGUGUACCUGUAGGUCGUUGUAACUUUCAAUCUUUCAGAAAUCAUGCACAGAAUUUCCAACAUUUGCCAACUGGGAGGUUUGAUUUUAUGAUCUACAUUAAAACAAGCCUCUUAAAGCAAGAAAAUCCGCCAUUAUCCCAUUUGGACUGGAAGGUUGAAACUGCAAGUACUUUCUUGUAUCAAAUCAUGUAUACUGAAAAUUUUCUGAUUUUUUAAAAAAAUUUAAUAAACAUUGCAACCACAUGCAGUAGUCUCAACGUUAUAACAUUUUAGUCAUGUCCACAUGCUUAACCUUCAUCAGCCUUCCACUAGAGCAUCUUCUGCGUGUACCAUUUCCAGUCAUAAAAUAGGUGUUUUAAAUGUCCUGUACUGCUAAUGAAACUAUUUUCCAUAUGUCUGCAAGUGUUUCAGUGGAAUUACUAUGCACUUCUUUCAAGGGAAAUGGGAAUAGGGAGGAGGGGGAUGCACACAAGUAUUACGUUUUCAGUUGUCUCUAUCAGCCUUGGAUUCCUUCCUUCUAACCAAAAAGAAACAAAAAGCCCCAUCCUUUCUAUUUCUCUUACGUUUUAAAAAAUGUUACAGUUUUAAUUGCAUUUUGUUAUUGUUUUAUUUGCAAGUUUACAUUUUUAAAAUGUUUAACUGUCUUAAUUUAGUAAUUAAAAGAGAGCAUUUUACAUUUGAA